AUGGACCCAACGAAUGGGCACACAACAGCAUAUCCACGUUCGUGCCGGAGGUCUGCACCGCCAUCUACGAGGUAUAUAAGGAGGAGAUGUUCAACAUGCCCUCCACACAGGACGAGUGCAUGGAAAGCCGUCGCCAGCCAGUUUGGAACGCGAUGGAACUUUCACCACUGUUAUGGGGCGAUCGAUGGGAAACAUAUCGCCAUCAAGAAGCCCAAUAAAAGUGGAUCGCUCUAUUACAAUUAUAAGCGCUUCUGUUCUGUGGUGCUCCUGGCCAUCGUGGAUGCUAACUAUUCCUUCUUGUGGUGCAAGGUGGGGGCAAACGGCUCAUCCUCAGACGCACGCGUGUUCAACGAGUCCACCCUCCGGGGAGCACUGGAGGACAACAUUGGAUUCCCAGCACCGGAUCCACUUCCAGGCGACAACCGGAACUUUCCCUACUUCAUCAUAGGCGAUGAUGCUUUUCCCCUGCGAAAGUGGCUCUUGAAGCCAUACAGUCGCCGUGCCAUGACCCACAAAGAGAGCGUGAUGAACUAUCGGACCUCUCGGGCCCGUCGGGUUGUGGAGAACGGCUUCGGGAUAUUGGCUCACCGGUGGCGGUGCCUACUCACCACCCUGCUGUUGGAGCCUGACAGGGUGAUUCGCGAUGUGUUGGGCUGCCUCACCCUUCACAAUUGGCUGCGAAAGCGCCAGCCCGGACUACAGGACCUUAAUUUGGACCACGAGGAUGAGGAUGGCAACGUGGUCCCCGGGGCCUGGAGGGAGGAUGUGCAGAUGACCGAACCCAACCAGAUGGUCGGCCAACGGGCCUCAAGGGAAGGGAAAACCCUGGGAAACUUAUCGAAGAAGACCGGAUUGACCGAGAAGAACUCAACCUUUUCAUGUGACCCCUUCUUCGAUCCACCAGCAGCACCCUCCUCAUGA